AUGGUCAUACUGGCACAGGAGGCCCUGACCAUGCCCGACUCGAAUCCCUCCGACAGCGGCUCGCGCUCCUCCUCUCCCGGCGCAGGUGUCCCUCAUCGCAGGGUCGUUUCUGGCAGCCUCAGAGACCGCAUAGCCAAGUUCAACAACCCAGACGCACCGCCACCCGUGCCCAAAAAGUACACCCCACCCGCACCUGUACAGCGUGGCUUGAUCGGCAACCGCAUCCCUUCCCUCGACCCGAAGACAGCUGGCAUUCUUGGGAAAGCCCCCGAGAAGCGCGUCGUCGAAAACAAGGGACUGAUUGGAAAUCGGAUUCCCAGCCUCAGCUCUGGAGGAUACAACCCGCUCCUCUAUCAAAACACCGGUUCCAGCAGUGGCAAACCUGCCCCGAGAUCCGCCAGCCCUGCUGGCUCUGUCGACUCGAGCGCGGCGUCAGCCACAGUCGACAGUAACGUCUCUCCAAUUACUUCCCGCUCAUCAACACCCCCAUCUUCACCCGGCACUGCUGGCAAUGCCCCUUCCAACCUUGUCGCCUCUACAUUGCCUUCCCUCAAUGUCGACCUCGGCGCCUCUACCCCUUCUUCCACUCGCGCCGAGGCCGGGGACACUAUGUCCGAGCUGGCAUUGUCCGUGCCCUCCACACCUAUAGGCGGUGACGCGCCACCUCUGUCUGCGGCAGAGUACGACCUCGUACCUCCAAACCUCAAAUUGGCGGCUUCAGGUCAAGUGCCGAACCCAAUGGCGCGCGGACUGUCCCAACAAUCUGUGGGUGUAACGCCUAGUAUCUCUUCCUCGCUUGCUACGCAGUCUGUAGGCAGCGAGGAGGAGAAUCAGAUGAUGGCCGACGUCAGCGGAGUGAGCACGCCCAUGGGUACACCAAAGGCAGAGAGGCAAGAGCUUCGUGAGGGCAGCGUCGCGGAUGACGAUGAGCUGAAAGACCUUGCGGCAAAGACGGAAAACCUUGGGAUCGUCGAAAACACUCCUCCUGGUGCCGAGUCUGUGCCUGCUACACCUACCAAAGAGAUUCCUGAGCCUAUAUCGGCAGAGACCCCCACUCCUUUUUCCGAUCCCUCUACCGAGUCAGCCCAGAGAGAUUCUCCCGUCUCUGGCCCUCCCACUCCGAAGUCUACUGCUUCCGACCCCAACAAGGCGCCUGAUCUCCACUUGCUCAAAGCUGGCGCCCUCAGCUCUCCAAGCCCUAGGUCUUCUACUUCUCCUGAGCAGGCCCAAGGCGGUAUCGACGAGAUGGUCAGCGCGGCUUUGGCCCAGAACCUGGACGAGUAUACUGUGGCUGGCAACGAGAAGAAGGUGCAAGGCGGCAGGGCUGGGCAGUAUAUGGAAGAUGUCGAGCAUCCUGACGAGGUGGUCUUGCCUGCUGGUGAUGCUACUUCUGAGGCUGGCGAGUCUGAAAAAGAAGAGCUAGAGGUGAAGGACUUGUCGAGUCCCCAGGAGAAAGUGCAGGUGGAUGAGGAACCGGUCGAGCGUGAUGUCCCCGCUGUAGAUCAGGCUCAGAAGACAGAGCAGGAGCAGUCCGAGGCUGCUGAGAGCGAGAUUCCAGAUGUUGUAGGGAACGAGUCUGAACAACCUGACGCGGUGCUCCCUGCAUCCCACGUCGUGGCUGCCGAAGAGAGCCCCGAGGUCGACCUCAAGGAGGCGGAAGAAAAGCCCAGCGUUGUGGCUGCGGAGGAAAGUGUACCGGAUGUCUCUGACAAGAGCCAGGGUGUAAAUCAGCCAGACGAGGACAAGGUGCCCGAGCUACACGACGAUGUCGUUGCUGGAAACCCCAGUGACGAGGACGUGAAAGUCGCUGCACCCGAAGAGAAGGCUCAGCCGUCCGAUUUGGAAGACGCCGAGGAGGAAGCGUCUAUCAAGACGGACGAAGAAGCGGCUGAGGUGCCCGAGGUUGUGAAUGUCGGUAAAGAGGUCCCAGCCAUCCAAACCGCGAAUGCGUCUUUGGAGUCGGAAGACCCAUCAGAACCCAGGCCUGUCCAGACAGAUGAUGGAGCAUCUGAGCAAUCCGAGGUGGUCAUGGGGAAAGCGCCUUCAGCUCAAAGCGACGAGACGCCUAUCGUUCCAGAGACUCUUACUGAGCAGCCUUCAAUUGCCGCGUUGGGUCUCGAAGCCAAGGCAGAAGAUGUCGCAGGGAAACAGCUUGAAUUUGAGCCUGCUAUCGUCAAGCCAGAGAUCGAUCCAGAGGCCAAAGCGGACGCGCCCAAAGACGAGGAGACACCUGUGGUGAAAGAACCCUCCUUUCCCUCCCCACCGGCCGCGGACCCCGACAUUGAAGACCCUAUCCCUUCUGCCCCUGAAUCCUUGACUGGCGCAUCCCUCCUUAUCCCUACCCCUACUUCCCCCGUUGGAGAUGUCCCAGAGACACCUAUCGACAACUCGAUGCUUAAAUACUUUCCCGAGGUGCCAGAUGAGCAGAAACCGCGGGUCGAGGUGCAUGUUUCCAGUCCGGCUGUGACGCCUGCGAGAACGAAAAGGACGUCAGAGACGCAAGCGACGAGUCCGCAGAGUCCCACGGUGAAUCUCCCUGCGUCUGGCAGCGCGAAAUCCUUGAAGGAGGUCUCGAGCCCUGUGAACCUUCCGGGGCAGAGCAAAUCACUCAACACGUCCACCCCUUCAAAAUCUUCCCCCGCCGAGCUGUCACAGCAGCUUGAUGCGCCCAUGUUAGAUACCACCCCAUCUCAGACAGACAAGUUAGCGAAACGAAACUCGACGAGGAGGAGCCCGAAGAGUCCUUUGUUGGAUGACGAAGACCCAGGAGACUUUGAGCCGGGAGAAGGGUGGGCUACCGUGAUCAAGUGA